GUACUCAUUUUACAGUGGCAGUUUGUUUCUCACAUUUCUCGCGUUUGGUUGUAAAUUUUUAACAAAGAAAGCUAUCGCGGUAAAGCCAUUUGCGGGAGUUUAUUUUUGUUAAAUUUACUUGGAAUUCUUUGGAAGAAAGUAUAAUAUUGUGUAAAAUAUAAGUUUGUGCGACGUAUAAACCAAUGCACCUUAAAUAAUAUAAAUCGCGAUUUUAAGGCAGAGAAAUAUACAAUAACAAAUCAAGGCCACUAACAAGAAACUCAAUCCAAAGCAAAAUCUAGCUAAAGCAGUGCGUGCAACGGAACGUCAAACGGACGUGUGUACAAUACAAAUUCGCAAAGACCGCUAAAAAGUGCAGGAAGUGGGCUGAAUCAGAAUUCAAUAACAUAAUUUUAUAAAAAAUACUUUUAUAGCAGCAUAAAUUGUAAUUGCUGCGGUGUACGUGUGUGCGCGGUUCAAUAUUGGGGCUGUGUUUGGAAUUUUUGCAGAAAUUCCACGUGAAUGUCUUCACAAUCGUCUACUCGUUAUAUGCCAAUAACCACAAGAAUGGACAAUCCAGCACUUUCAGGGUCCAGUGGUGAUGUGGAAGCCGAUAGCAAUUCCGUGGAGGCUAGUCUACCCGCCACCUGUUCAUCGCAGCAAUUAAUGCCUCCUUCGUCAGACACGGAUAGCGCUGUUGUACAACGACCAACCACCGGAAUCACAAAGACACAAUGGUUUACGGUGGUGGUGCUGUGCUUUGUGAAUCUAAUCAACUAUAUGGAUCGCUUUACUAUAGCAGGUGUUUUAACGGACAUACAAGAUGAUUUUAAAAUCGGUGAUGAUGAUGGCGGUCUGCUACAAACCGCCUUUGUACUCUCCUAUAUGAUUUGUGCGCCGGUUUUCGGCUAUCUCGGUGAUCGUUAUUCGCGUCGUUGGAUUAUGGCCAUUGGUGUUUUGUUAUGGUCGACAACAACAUUACUCGGCUCAUUUAUGGGUAGCUUUGGCGGUUUUAUCACAUUCCGUGCUUUGGUGGGCAUUGGUGAAGCCUCUUAUAGUACCAUAGCACCAACAAUUAUAUCAGAUUUAUUUGUACAUGAUUUACGUUCGAAAAUGUUGGCAUUAUUCUACUUUGCGAUCCCUGUGGGUUCCGGAUUUGGUUACAUUGUCGGCUCAGAGACGGCACGUUUGGCCAAUGACUGGCGUUGGGCGCUGCGUGUCACACCCAUGCUGGGCAUUUUCGCUGUCGCAUUGAUACUGUUAACCAAAGAGCCCGUACGCGGUGAGAGUGAAGGCUCACACAACUUGGAACCUACCAGCUACACUGAAGAUAUAAAAGAUUUGGUGAAGAAUCAUUCGUUUAUGCUUUCGACAGCCGGUUUCACAUGCGUUGCCUUCGUAACAGGCGCUUUGGCUUGGUGGGGACCUAAAUUUAUUUAUCUUGGCAUUAAAAUGCAGCCAGGCAAUGAGGAGCUGUCACUGAAUGACGUAUCGUACAAGUUUGGCAUCAUUGCAAUGAUAGCUGGUCUAAUUGGUGUACCCUUGGGUUCGCUGCUCGCACAGCGUCUACGACCACAUCACGAGGGCUGUGAUCCAUACAUAUGCGCCUUCGGUCUACUCAUAUCAGCGCCCAUGGUCUACUUGUCGCUGGUGACACCGCAAACCACAACCUCGUUUUGCUUCUUGUUCGUCUUUUUGGCACAGGUGACGCUGAAUUUAUGCUGGUCGAUUGUUGCUGAUAUUUUGCUGUAUGUUGUGGUGCCAACUCGCCGUUCAACUGCCGAAGCCUUCCAGAUUCUAAUCUCACAUGCGUUGGGUGACGCCGGAAGUCCUUACUUUGUUGGCCUGCUUUCUGAAGGCAUCAAACGCCAUAUGCGCACCACUACCGCUCAGACAUCCGAAUAUAGUCUCGGUUUUCCUAGUUUGUCCUUGACAGCAGAAACUAGAAGUGACAAUAUCACCGACAGCUUAACAUCGUUAAACUCUACAGCCGCAGUAGCAACAACGAAUCUCUUAGCUCAGGCUACCGAAAAUGUCGCUGAAUUGGUUACGAAUGCUACAGACUUUUUACAACAAAAUGUUUCUGAUCUUGUUGCGGAAGCAACGAAUAUGUUGCACGCGAAUAGUAACCAUUUAAAUGGCACACAACAGUUGUUGCCUCAAGCGGGAAUGCUAGACUUGGACUUACAAGAUACUGAUAUCACAAAAUUCAAAGCAUUACAGUAUUCGUUAUUUUCAACGAGUUUCAUUGAAGUUUUGGGUGCAGUUUUCUUUUUUCUGACUGCCAUCUACAUAUUAAAAGAUAAACGACGAGCAGCGCGAGCAACACUUGUUAACGAAUUAAACGAUGUUAGCAACACAGCUUGUAAAGAUAAAGAAUUCGAACCCGAAGAUUGUGAAUAUAUCGUUCUGUGUACCGAUAUUAAACAUAAUCAGUGCGUAUAACAAAAACAAACAACUAAAAUUUAAACGAAUGGAAAUUUGAUCCAACCUGCCUUUUUAGAGACUCCAUAGUUGGCAAUCCACCAACUACUCAAGAGUGAAGUGCACUUUCAAUCAAUUAUACAAACGAAUAAUGUAUGUAUAAGCCACUUACCGAACCAGCCAGUCAACCCACAAGCAAUCGAUAUAGUAAUACAUACAUACAUAAAAGCACAUCCCUACCCCUGCCGGGAUGGAUGUAUUGCACGAAAGGCAAACAUAUGACUGAAAUAUUAGUUUUUACCAAUUAAUAUUUAGAAAUAGUAAUGAUUAUCAUAGAAUCAUGUGUGCCUCAAGAAAGUGGGUGUGUUCCUAUUAGACGAGUGUAUAUGUAUGUAUGGAUAAAUCAUGCAAACGCCAAGCAGACAUGCCUUCAUACAUAUGUACAUAUUUAAAUAUACAUUUGUACAUAAUAAUAAACAUUGAUCAAUCAUUCUCAUUUGUAAUCCUUUAAUCGCUAAGAUAUUUACUACUGCGUAUUUAUUUACAUAUAUGUAUGUAUAAUUAUUUUAUUAUUGUCAAAACGCAACAAUGGUUUAUGUGAGUUCUUACACUCACGCAGUAGGUACAUGACUAAAACUAGAUACACAGGAGUAGUUGUAAAUGAAAGCAGCGAGCGGGCGAAUAUGUAAAAUCUAUGCCUGCAAUGGCAUAAAUAAAGACGCAUGAA